CUUUCUUAUACCCCACCCUUCACCGCUUCUGAUCUCUUCCUGAAUCCACCACCGCCCCCAACCCACUUUCUCUCCCACUUCUUAAAUUAUAACUUCCCAAGUAAGUAAUUAAUGUGAAUAGAGAGAGAAAAGGACAUGGCAACAGUGAAGAAGCUGAUCGUAGAGGUGAUUGAAGCCCGGAAUCUGCUACCCAUCGACGGUCAUGGCACCUCCAGCCCUUACGUCGUCAUCGACUAUUACGGCCAGAGGAAGAAGACCCAGACCGUCGAACGCGACCUGAACCCUCAGUGGAACAAGGUGUUGAAGUUCGACGCCGACGCCACCGACGCCGACGUUUUCGGCGACAUGCUCGAGCUCGUCGUCUUCCAUGACAAGGCCGUGGGUCCCACCAGGAGGAAUAACAUCCUCGGGGUUCUGAAACUCCACUCCACCCAGUUUGUGAAGAAAGGGGAAGAGGCCCUGAUUCAUUAUCCCCUGUCCAAGAAGCAUUUCUUCCACUGGGUUCGCGGGGACGUCGGACUGAAGAUCUAUUUCGCCGACGAGCCGGCUCCUCCGCCUGCUCCGUCGCCUAUUCCUGUCACAGAGGAAGUGAAGGCGGCUGAGCCGCCAGAGGAGGCGCAACCCACAUCCGAAUCCGCUGAUUCACUGGCGGGGGAUUCUGGUGGUCCACCGGAAACAGAAAAUUCAGACGAACAAAAGCAGAGUAACAAUCUCACAGAUCCGCCACCGGAACCGGAAAAACUCGUAGAUUCAGAUGGUGGAUCUGCUCUGGUAAGAUCGGCUUCGUCCGUAGCAACUUCUUCCAUACCGGAGGUCAAAAUCAGCGGCAACUUCGUCGUCCCAAAACCGAUCAGCCGGACGCCGUCGGUAAGCAGUUUCAUCUCCGAUGUAUCCGAUAGAUCUUUUAUCGAACGGUCCUCGUUCGAUCUGGUCGAGAAGAUGCAUUACAUCUUCAUCCGCAUAGUGAAAGCUCGAUCUCUACCGGCUUUCGGAUGCCCGGUGGUGAAAAUCGCCAUCUCCGGCACUCACGUCGUUUCCAGACCCGCCCGGAAAACCUCCGUUUUCGAGUGGGACCAGACAUUUGCUUUUGGAAAAGACGCGCCAGAUUCCUCCUCCAUUUUGGAGGUUUCAGUGUGGGACCCAGUGAUUGCCACGCAAGCUGACUCUACAUCUGACGUGGCCGGAGAAAACUUUUUGGGCGGUAUAUGUUUUGAUGUGAGUGAGAUCCUACUCAGAGAUCCGCCGGACAGUCCUUUGGCGCCGCAAUGGUAUAGACUAGAAGGAGCUGGGGUCUACGGAGGCGAUCUUAUGCUGGCCACGUGGAUGGGGACUCAAGCUGACGAAUCGUUUCCUGACGCGUGGAAAACGGAUACUGCAGGUAACCCCACUUCACGGUCUAAGGUGUACCAGUCGCCUAAACUGUGGUACCUUAGAUCAACCGUUGUUGAGGCCCAAGACGUCUUCCCACUAAGCCCACUAUCGAAGCAUUCCCUCCAAGUCAAAGCCCAACUGGGGUUCCAAAUCCAAAAGACCAAAACCGCCGCAUCUGCCACCGGAUCGCCGUCGUGGAACGAAGACCUGUUGUUCGUUGCGGCGGAACCUUUCACCGAGAAUUUCCUCCAGUUCUUCCUAAUCGAGCACGUUUCUCCGAAAGAGCAAUCCGUUAUCGGCGUAGCUAGAAUACCGCUCGCCUCCAUCGAACGCCGCGUCGACGACCGCCAGAUUGUUUCUAGAUGGUUCACUUUCGAAGAGGAGAAAGAAGAGAAGGUAAUAUACAGAGGCAGAGUCCACCUGAAACUCUGUUUUGACGGCGGAUAUCACGUCGUCGAAGAACCGGCGCAUGUAAGCAGCGAUUACCGUCCGACGGCCAGGCAGCUCUGGAAACCGCCGGUCGGCAGUGUUGAGUUGGGAAUAAUCGGAUGCAAGAACCUCUUGCCGAUGAAGACAAUGAGAGGAAAAGGGUCUACAGAUGCGUAUGUAGUCGCGAAGUACGGUAACAAAUGGGUCCGUACUCGUACAGUAUCUGAUAAUCUGUGCCCUAGAUGGAAUGAGCAGUACACUUGGAGGGUGUAUGAUCCAUCUACUGUGUUGACAAUUGGGGUGUUUGAUAGCUGGGAGGUGUUUGAAUCAGAUGGCUCAAAAGAAUCCAAGCGAAUUGAUGUUCGUAUGGGGAAGGUGCGUGUUCGGAUUUCCACAUUGGCCACCGGGAAAGUAUACAGAAACACAUUCUCAUUGUUGACUUUGUCCCCGGCGGGGUUGAAGAAAAUGGGAGAGAUUGAGUUGGCUGUGAGGUUUGUCCGCUCAUCUCCGACUCUAGAUUUGUUGCACGUAUACACACAACCGAUGCUUCCAGUGAUGCACAACAUCAAGCCGAUCGGUGUGGGACAACAAGAGCUGUUACGGGCAGCCGCGGUUAGACUAGUUAUAACACACUUGUCUCGAUCAGAGCCGUCAUUGAGGAGGGAGGUGGUGACCUACUUGCUCGAUGCGGAUGCAAACAUAUUCAGCAUGCGUAAAGUGAGGGCUAAUUGGUUACGAAUCGUCAGUGUCAUGGCGGGCGUGUUAGAUGUAGUGAAGUGGGUGGAAGAGACACGCGCCUGGAGAAACCCGACUUCUACCAUUCUCGUGCACGCUUUGUUGGUAGUGCUAGUGUGGUUCCCAGAUUUGAUCAUCCCCACUUUUGCAUUCUACGUGUUCACAAUCGGAGCCUGGAACUACAGGUUCAGAUCCAACCGCCGGGACAGACUGGACCAUUUUGAAACCAAAAUCUCACUUGCAGAGUCUAUCGAACGAGACGAGCUAGACGAAGAGUUUGAUGGCAUUCCUUGCAUGAGGCCAAAUGAAAUGGUACGAGCCCGGUACGACAAGCUAAGGGUGCUUGGUGCACGUGUGCAAACUAUGUUGGGCGAUGUAGCCACACAAGGGGAACGCGUGCAGGCAUUGGUGGCGUGGCGAGAUCCACGAGCGACAGGGAUAUUCAUUGUUCUGUGUCUGCUGGUGGCGCUUGUGCUUUACUUGGUGCCGUCAAAGAUGAUAGCUUUGGCGUUCGGAUUCUAUUAUCUGAGGCAUCCUUUAUUCAGGGACAGAAAGCCUUCGCCAGCUUUGAAUUUUUUCCGCAGAUUGCCUUCGCUAGCGGAUCGAAUGCUCUAGCUCUCACUCUCCCUUGUACUUGUGCUAUCAUGACUUUGACUCUACUCCUCUUGACCUUUGUAUUUGGUUGGAGUUUCAUUUCUAUUUGAGUUAAUUGAUGCUUGUGUGAAGCUCAACUGAGGCAUGAUUAAUGUCAAUACAGAGUUUAUACACAAUGAUUGGUUACUUGGUUACCAUCAUAUAAUUAGUGGUGCUUUAUAAAAUUUGAUAUAACAUAGAUGAAAAUUUC